AAAAAAUACUGAUUAGUGCUGUGUUUGUGUGUGUGUGUGUGUGUGUGUGUCUGUGUGUGUGUAGAUUAGCGAAAGAUUGCUGUCGCCGUGGCUAAGAGGAUUAGUGUGGAAUUAGUGUCAUUCCUCUAUCGCCGGGAGAAAUGGAUUCAUAUCGAUUUUAAUCAGAGAGAGCGAGAGAACAAUCCACAGCAGGCGGCAGGCGGGCGGAGGAAGAAGAGGACGAGGACUGAUGUGAGCCUGGGAGACAAACUUUCCUGGAGAUGAAGGAUGCCGCAGGAAUAACAAGAAGCGGAAGAAAAAGAAGAGGGACGGCUUCCCGGGCGCGUCCGGCAGCGUUGCCGACCCUGCGUACCUGCGAGAUGUUUGAGGCCAGCUUCCGGAGUUAGUCGACCGCGGGGGGACGUGGAGGUGUUCGGGCCGGUCGGGGGCGGGGAGGGGGUAAUGCUGUGAAACAUGAAGGUGGACGCGUUGACCUGUCUGACCGUGGCCGCCGCCGGCCUGGUCGCCAUGGCGACCGGUGGACGCAGCUCCGGGCGCCGGAGGCACAAGGAGGUCUUUCUCGGGGAAAACAGCAAAUUCAAGUUCGGAGGACGUAUCGACUACAAACUGAAGAAGCAGGACAGCACCAAAACGCUGCUGAUCAAAACUGAACAGCUGCUGAGGAUCGAGGAGCACGACUUCGCUAUGAGACCUGGUUUUGGAGGUGUCACACACACACGUGCACACACAAACACACGCACACACAUACAGUGUGUACACGCCCUGACAGAAACCAACCGUCCUCAUUCUUCCCUGACAACGAGCGGCCAUCCCCGUGGGCAUCGAUGUGCAGGUGGAGAGCAUCGACAGCAUCUCCGAAGUCAACAUGGAUUUCACCAUGACCUUGUACUUGCGUCACUACUGGAAGGACGAGCGUCUGGCCUUCCAGUCGCGCAACAACCAGAGCAGGACCUUCGACUCGCGGCUGGUGAAGAAGAUCUGGGUGCCGGACGUCUUCUUUGCGCACUCCAAGCGCUCCUUCAUCCACGACACCACCAUGGAGAACAUCAUGCUGCGUGUGUACCCCGACGGGAACAUCCUCUACAGCGUCAGGGUCACCGUCACGUCUCUGUGCUCCAUGGACUUCAGCAGCUUCCCCUUGGACACGCAGAACUGCUCGCUGGAACUGGAGAGCUAUGCGUACAACGAGAACGACCUGAUGCUCUACUGGAAAAACGGCAACGACUCCUUGAGGACCGACGAGAUCGUCUUGUCUCAGUUCUUCAUCGAGCACUUCCAACCCUCCAGUGGCUUGGCUUUUUACAGCAGCACAGGUUGGUACAACCGUCUGUUCAUCAACUUCAUCCUGCGGCGGCACAUCUUCUUCUUCAUGCUGCAGACGUACUUCCCCACCAUGCUGAUGGUGGUCCUGUCCUGGGUCUCCUUCUGGAUCGACCGCAGGGCCGUCCCUGCCCGCGUCUCUCUGGGUAUAACCACAGUACUCACCAUGUCCACUAUCAUCACUGGAGUGUCCUCCUCCAUGCCUCAGGUGUCGUACGUAAAGGCGGUGGACAUCUACCUGUGGACCAGCUUCCUGUUUGUCUUCCUGUCUGUAAUCGAGUACGCGGCGGUAAACUACUGCACCACCCUGGAGGAGAUGAGGAAGAUGAAGAGGGGGAAGGUGGGCAAACAGGAAACAGCUCCCUCCAGUGGACAAACGGCACAUUUUCUGCCAGAGCAGUGGUGGGAAAAGGACGGGCCGCGGGCUACCUCCCGUCCACCUUCGACGCCAGCCAGGCCAUGGCCUUCGACGGCUGCUUCCACGACAACGACAUGGAGCUGACGCCGUUCCCCCGCGUGACCUCCGACCCCUUGGCGGCGCCUUCGCCGCAGCUGGAAGCCCGGCCGUCAGAAGGGACGCGUCUGCGCCCUCAGCGGUCGGUGCGCGAGAACGUGGACCUCCUGCUGAGCAACAGCUACAUGAUCGACUCGUACUCCCGACUGGCCUUCCCGCUGUCCUACCUCCUCUUCAACACCAUCUACUGGAGCCUUUACUCCUGAGAGGCAUGCAUGUAAUUACGUGCACUAUGACAGUGAAAAAAAAAAAAAACUGUACUUAAAUAAUGUACCAAAUUAAAAUGUAUUCCACACAAAUUACAAUUAAAAAAUGUACCAAUAUAAAUGUUUGAAAACAGACAGUUCUAAAAGAUCAAAUACAAAUAUUGAACUUCAAAGUUAAAUACAGCUGAACUGUACAUCACAAAAUGUACUGUUCUGGAUUUUGAAAAAAACGUUUAAGUCACUGUAACAUUUAUGCACCGUUUGAACAUUUAAUUCAGUGAUACUGUCAUGGACCACUAGUGGGAGUCAGUUUGCCACUACUUUGAGAACCACAGCACAAAGACAUUUGAAUAGUAUGGUAAACUCAUUUCUAUGUCCACAACUUCCUGUGAUGACAGCUUAUUCUUAUACUUUUUUUUUUUAAUUACAUGUCAGUCAUAUUUAUACUUGAAUUUUCUGAGCUACAAGUUGUCUUCAGUUGCAAGAAAACUCACUUGGUAGAUGUUGGAGUAAAGUGAGCAUUUUCAUUUAUCAUUUAUCAUUUAUCCUAAACAACUGACAACAUAAUUCCCAAGUUCCAACUACAAAUAUUGUCACUUGGAUAAUUUAUUGGCAGAAAAUGAAAACUCAAAAUACUGAAAAGGGUCCAGGUUUUUUUGGGGGGGGUCUCUUAAUUUUUUAUAGAGCUGUACAUGUAUAUGCAAUAUAUACUACUAUAACGUC